UAAAAAAAAAAAAAGGUAACAUCCCGUUUAUGCUAAUGAGUUUCAAAACGAGGUUAUAUUUACAUGCAAAUGGCGGUGUUCCUUCUCAACAACUGUAAAUUUCAGGGUUGUGGACGUGCCUUUUCAUCUUUAGCUGAUCUAAUUCAUCACAUCGAGGACUCUCAUAUUGAUGCAGAUCCAAAGCUUCUUGAAAAGCAAGAAGGACAACAACCACCAUCUCUAGCACUAAGUUAUAUUCUAAAGCAUUUUGCAAAAGGUGUACCAAUAAGAAAGGAGUCUGACCACAAGAAAAAAGCAAAGACAAGAGUUCCUUCUCCUCCGUCUAUACGCAGCUCAACACCAACAAGUAGUGACCUAGGAGAUGACGACGAUAUUUGCAGUGAGGAUGAGGACAGUGAUGACUCAUACACAACACAGGAAGAGUUUACCACCGAGUUGAUACUCGGUAUGAUGCAGAACUUGAAGGAUGGAGACGUAGACAAACCAUUUGCUUGUCCGGUACCUGGCUGUAAGAAAAGGUACAAGAAUGUGAAUGGGAUGAAGUACCAUGCCAGGCAUGGUCAUCGGAAAGAUUCUAGCUUGUUCUGCAGAGUGAAAAAAGCUUUUAAAUGUAAAUGCGGGAAGAGUUAUAGGACUGCCCAGAAACUGCGUGCACACAUGAUUAUAAAACACUCGACAACAGAUUUGCUCAAACAGACUACACCGGUCAGUCUCUCCACAACACCGAUCAGUAUCUCAACUACACCGGUCAGUCUCUCCACAACAGUGACACCAAGUUCUCAGCAGGUUUCCUCUCCAAUCAUGACAAAUACCAUUUUCUCCGUCCCACAUUCGGUUGCUCAGUCAGCUCUUGCCAGUGGUACAUUGACCCAGACCAGCCUCAAUCUGGUACCAGUCACCGUGACAACAACAAAACAGGGGCAGAUCACUCUAGCAAGCACGGGAGCAACACUGCAGCUGAUUGGCUGUCCACAGACAGAAAUGAUGACAUCAGUGGAUAUGAAAUCAGAAUAAUGAGGCAGGAAGUUGGGUUAGACAUUGGUUAUUUUCUCAAUCAUAUUGCAGAAAGUAACAAAAUGUGAAGUUGGGUGCUAUUGCACAAGUAAGCUGAUUUGUAUGUAUUUUUGUUUUUUUGCUUUGGAUACAGGGUUAGACACGUCUGCUGCGGUAGUGUCGGACAUAUUUUUGUGGAAAAUAUGCAUGCAUAUUUUGCAAGAUAAAUUUUCUCAUCUGAUUACAGAGUUACAAGUUUAUUACUCUAAAUGAAUCUGAUACACAGGUUUAUGUCCAUUUUUUGACAUCAGACUGAAUAUUCUCGGAAUGCUUACUGCUUUUUAGCUUGGAACAGAAAAGAAAGCCUUGUCAGUAUCGGCCUAAGUCAGUUAUUAAGCAUUGUUCAGAGUGUAUACAUUCACAGAUUUUUAUGAAGUACUUUUUAUCUUUACACACGUGAGGCCAAAUCUUUUAAUAAUUUGUUUAUGAAGUGUAAAAAAAACUUAAAAUCAGGACAUUUUGCUUAACAGUUGCAACGAAAAAUGGUUCAGUAAAGCAUUAGUUAGUGUGCCUUUAACUAUUGUCUUAUUUGUUGUAAAUGACUUACUGGAUAAAGCUAACUUAAGAUAAUAAGUAUGUUUUCUGAUAUAUCUGCUGUAAAAUCUUUUAAUCUCUUUGGUUAUUUCUUAGUCUCUUUUGUGGGGAUUUGAAUUUCAUGGAUUACAGCUUUUGAACAUUAAAUGUAUGGGAAUUUUUCUUGUUAGUUGGAUUAACAUUUCAAGGAUAGACUCAACCAUGAAAUUCACAAAAAAAUUGUCCUCUGCGAAUAUCAGUGAUUUCACAGUAUUGGAAAUAAUGCAGUAAAAUCAGUAAUCUUUAAGAUAAAAAAUUGGAACUUUUUUUUUGUAAUUAGUUUACUCAUAUUAUAUCUCCUUUAAAAUACAGGAGUAUUAAUUUCUCAAAAUUAAUUCUCAUUCCGAGCACUGAAAAUGAAUUUUUUCAUGAUAACUUUACACAUUAAAAAUUUUAUCAACAUAAUUUUACACAGAUGUAAUGCUAAUCAUUAGUUAUGACCAGUUGAAAUGUUCACCAAUAAUAGAAAAGAUGAAACUUUGCGAGUUGAAAUGUUCACGAAUAAGAGAAAAGAUGAAACUUUGCAAGUUGAAAUGUUCACCAAUAAUAGAAAAGAUGAAACUUUGCGAGUUGAAAUGUUCACGAAUAAGAGAAAAGAUGAAACUUUGCAAGUUGAAAUGUUCACCAAUAAUAGAAAAGAUGAAAAUUUGCAAGUUGAAAUGUUCACGUGUAAGAGAAAAGAUGAAACUCUGAUGUUCACGAAUAAUAUAAAAGAUGAAACUUUGCAAGUUGUAAUGUUCACGAAUAAGAGAAAAGGUGAAACUUUGCAAGUUCAAAUGUUCAUGAAUAAUAAUGGAGAUAAAACUUUUGACUUUGCAAGUUGCAGUGUUCACUAAUAAUAGCAAAGAUAAAAAACCACUGUAUAAAUUGUUCUCCAUCUAUGGUAAAUCAUUGAAUGGUGAAUGGAAAUAUUGGAAGUUGGAAAAUGAAGAUUAUAGAGUGUUGUCAUAGAAAUGACUAUAAUAUAAAUAUCAAUGCAUAUAAUAUGUACAUAUAUUUAUUAUUUGUUGUAGUUCCAGAUAUGUUCUGCAUAUACAUGUAUAUAAAUUGUGUAUUGGCUGUGCGUGUAAACUUACAGAAUAUUUAUGUGUAUUCGUUUAAUUUAUUGUCUUUCUUUAUGUUAUAUUUUGUGCCAAAAUGAUAUAAAAUGGAUCAAAAAAUAGUUGAUUGUGAUACCAUUAUAAAAUGUACUGAAUGUGUUCUAUAUUGUCUAGUGCUUUACUGAAGUAAAAUAUUGUGUAUAAUAAAAUCUUGACAUAAUUGUGUUAAAAAUAAGUGCAAUACAAUAUUGUAAACUUAUUGAAUAGAGAGCCUGUCAGAAGUCAAAGCAGUUGCCCUAGGUCGUAUGGACUGAGGGUCAAUAGUUUUGACUAUUGACUGGUAAGCCAUUCAAUAAGUUUUUUAUUACUUGGCAUCAGAAAUUAAUUUUCAAAAGUUAAUUAUCAAAUUGUUGACUUUAUAAGCCAAGCAAACAUGUAUUGAAUAUAGACCGGUCAUAUUGCACAAACUGAGGACUGCUGAUUUAUAUAAGGAGUCGUGUAAUCAGUACCAAUGUACGAUACCUUUGUUGAAAAUAGUCGGACAUGCGUUUUUAUGGGAAAAAAUUUUUAAGUAUAAACAGGCCAAGAUCUAUUUCCAACUGCGUUCAAACUGUACACAUCCAAAGAACGUAACUUUCCUCCUGUGACCGUCGGUCUGUGUUGAAAAUGUUUUUAAUUGCAAAGGUAUUGUACAUGUGUAGAAACAAGAUCAUGACGGUUUGUUCAAAUAUAGGUUAUAAUACUUAACUCUCUUUUUCUCCACCUGUGAAAAAGUGUUAAAGCUUGUAAAUUUUGGAUUUUUUAGUUUAUGAAUAUAAUUUAUUACCGGUAUGGUGUACAGUGCCAGUUUGAUUUUCUUUCAUAAUUGCUGUAGACAGAUGUUAUGUAGCUUUUUCUGCUGUAUUAAAUUUUUAUAGACAUAAAUUUUAUCAUUGUUUAAAAGUUAACCAUACAUUCAUAUUAUAAUUAAGGGAAUGAACAUGUAUCUGAUAACAUUGUAAUUUAGCUAUGUACAAUUGCCCUGAAUGUUUACAUAUUUUCUGCUAAUGUUUUUAAUGGCUGGCCCAUUUAGAAUUUGCAAUAAUUUUUUUUCUCGAUAAUCAUAUUUAAUAUAUUCUAAUAUAUUUUUAUUCUGCAUGGAGAUUCUUGAAGAAAUGAUCUGUGUCCUGUCUUUCAUGUUUUUCUCAAGAUGUUUUUUUUUUUUUUUCAUAUUUUUAUUUCCUACUUGAAGUACAAAACACAACUAGCAAUUGAAAAAUACAUUUGAUGGCUGUAUAAACUUUAGCUGUACUUGUAACAUACCAAACUAGCAACUUUCCAUGUACAAUAAGAAACAUAAAUGUGUGAUCUACAGUACAGUUGAUGUAUGUUAAGUUUGAGGUAAGGAACACGGGAGAUAUCUUUACACAAAGUUUAAUAUUAAGUCUUACACUGUCUACUUUAAUGUAUACUGUAAAAGCACAUAUUUUCGCUGGGUCAAAAUUUCGCGAAUUUGAAAUUUUGAAUAUGUUCGCGAGGUUUAAUAUCCGCGAAAUUGUAAAAAUGGCAUAACACUUGAAUAAGAAUUAUUCUAAUGGUGAAUAUUUAUGCGAGGGUUAAUUUUUGCGAGAUGUAGGGCCUUGCGAAUAUAGCGAAAAUUAAACCCUCGUGAAAAUUUCGGCUUUUACAGUAUAUAACUAUAUCUCUUACGUGUGUAGUAAAAACUGUAUGUGUUAUGUGUAUGUUAAUGAACAUGUAAGGUCAAUCUGCAGUAAUCUUCAGGUAUGUUAGUUCUACUAUAAAGCACAUGUAUGUUAUUCUGCAGUGAAAUACAUGUGUAUUAGGUCUACAUGAUCUCAGUGUGGCGAUUAAAUAUUUUAGAACAGAAUUUUAUUUAACAAAGGUUAGAUAAAAGUCACAAGUUUUUUCUGGCAUACUGUCAGUAAUUCAAAGUCCCUUCCAACAGAUAUAGAUCCCAAAAGAGUCUCUCAGUGAAAUUUUUGAACAUCAGAAACACAUGUAUAUACCUCAUUGUCUGAACACUGUUGUCUUUUUGAUUUGUUCUGUUGUAGUUUCAAAUAGAAUUGAAUCGCUUACAUGAAGUGAAGUUCUCUCUCAGAUUGUGCAAUUUUAAGUUAGUUAUGAUAUAAUUAAUUUUUAUAUAUUAACCUUUGGUUAUUCAUCAUAUCAGAUAAUGGUAAUUCUACAUUAUUACCUUGUUAUUAUUAUUUUGACAUUUUCCAAUUUUUAGCUCACCUGAACACAAGGUGAGCUUUUGUGAUCGCCCUGUGUCCGUCGUCGUCCAUCAUCAGUCGUCCGUCCGUCCGUCGUCAACAAUUUGACUAUUAAUACUCUAGAGGUCACAAUUUUGGCCCAAUCUUAAUGAAACUUGGUCAGAAUGUUACCCUCAAUAAAAUCUUGGACGAGUGCGAUAUUGGAUCAUCUGGGAUCAAAAAAUAGGUCACCCAGUCAAAUCAAAGGAAAAUUUUUGUUAAACUCUAGAGGUCACAAUUUUGGCCCAAUCUUAAUGAAACUUGGUCAGAAUGUUACCUUCAAUAAAAUCUUGGACAAGUUCGAUAUUGGAUCAUCUGGGGUCAGAAACUAGGUCACCAUGUCAAAUCAAAGGAAAAGCUUGUUAACACUGUAGAGGCCACAUUUAUGACUGUAUCUUCAUGAAACUUGGUCAGAAUUUUAAUCAUGAUGAUCUCGAAGUCCAGUUUGAAUCUGGGUCAUGUAGGGUCAAAAACUAGGUCACCAGGUCAAAUCAAAGGAAAAGCUAGUUAACACUCUAGAGGCCACAUUUAUGACCAUAUCUUAGUGAAACUUGGUCAGAAUGUUAAUCUUGAUGAUCUAUAGAUCAAGUUCAAAUCUGGGUCAGGUGGGGUCAAAAACUAGGUCACCGGGUCAAAUCAAAGGAAAAGCUUGUAAACACUCUAGAGGCCACAUUUAUGACUGUAUCUUCAUGAAACUUAGUCAGAAUGUUAAUCUUGAUGAUAUUUAGGUCAGGUUUGAAUCUGGGUCAUGUUGGGUCAAAAACUAGGUCAACGGGUCAAAUCAAAGGAAAAGCUAGUUAACACUUUAGAGGCCACAUUUAUGACCAUAUCUUAAUGAAACUUGGUCAGAAUGUUAAUCUUGAUGAUCUUUAAGUACAUAGGUCAGGUGAGCGAUACAGGGCCUUCAUGGCCCUCUUGUUUAAAUUAAUUUAAUACUGUAUGAGUAGUGUUAUAUGCAGGCUUGCAUUUCUUUCAUGAAGGCACAAAGUUCAGCAAAUAUUGUCUUGUGCAGAGUAAUUCUGAUAAGAAGUAAUGAACAUGUUUUAUUUUCCAUUUAAGCACAACUUGAUUAUUAUUUCUAUUGAACAAAGAAGAGUGAAAUAGUGUGUUAACAUGCAACAAAUUCACUAUUAUUGGGUCACAGUUAUUUUGUCAUUGUGUCAAAUGUCAUAACGAUGUGCUGGAAAAGAAAAAUACACAAAACAGACAAAUAUUUCUAAUAUAUCAUUAAAAUUUUAUACCAUGUUAAAAUUGAAAAAAUCUCAGUAAUUUCCUUUUGAAUAAAAUCAUUGUCAAUUACAUCUGAACUCCAAAUAAUGACUUUGUUCAGUGACAAAUCACUGUUUCGGAUAUAAUAUUUCUCAAAGGCAGAGAGUGUUAGAUGAACAGUUUUACUUUAAUUUGUCAUAAUAUUAUCCCGGCUAUUUUAUAAAAAGUGAAGUUCCCAUUAUUACCCUUUUUCACUGGAAGAGUCUUUUUCUUCUCAUAUGAUGUAAGGUAAUGCAAGUUGUAUGUAACAUGGAACAAUGAGUAUAUAGAGAAUAUAUAAAUAAUUGAUAGCUUGACGGAGAAUGUUUACAUUGAAGCAUAUAGAUAUGGGAUAGCUUGAUAUAGAAUUAUGUACAAGUACUGGUUUCUGUUGUAGAACCAUUGUUAUUGUUAUAUAGUUAAUAAAACACAAAAACCCA